AUGAGCCCGACUACCGUCCAGACGGCGGUGAGGCCAUCGAAAGCGAACAUUGCCGUCUUCACCAACCCCGCCCACAAGCUCUGGAUCAACGAAGCCGAGCCGACGGUCGAGAGUGUACAGAAGGGAGAUGCCCUGAAACCCGGCGAGGUCACUGUGGCCAUAAAGAGCACUGGGAUCUGCGGCUCCGACGUCCAUUUUUGGCACGCGGGCUGCAUCGGGCCCAUGAUCGUAGAGGGAGACCACAUCCUAGGACACGAAUCAGCCGGGCAAAUCAUCGCCGUCCACCCGUCCGUAACGAGCCUCAAAGUUGGGGAUCGUGUUGCGGUAGAGCCGAACAUCAUCUGCAACGAAUGCGAGCCCUGCCUAACAGGUCGCUACAACGGCUGCGAGAAAGUACAGUUCCUGUCGACCCCUCCGGUGCCGGGCCUACUUAGGAGAUAUGUGAACCAUCCAGCUAUCUGGUGCCACAAGAUCGGAGACAUGUCAUACGAGAACGGAGCGAUGUUGGAGCCCUUGAGCGUCGCCUUAGCGGGCAUGCAGAGGUCCGGCGUCAAGCUCGGUGACCCGGUACUGGUUUGCGGCGCCGGGCCGAUUGGAUUGAUCACUCUGCUAUGCUGCAAAGCUGCCGGUGCCUGCCCCCUGGUCAUCACCGACAUCGACGAGGGACGGCUCAAGUUCGCCAAGGAGCUGUGUCCGUCGGCGAUCACGCACAAGGUGGAGCGGCUAAGCGCCGAAGACUCGGCCAAGGCGAUCGUAGCAUCCUUCGGAGGCAUCGAGCCCGCCGUCGCCAUGGAGUGCACCGGCGUUGAGAGCAGUAUAGCAGCGGCCAUCUGGGCGGUUAAGUUCGGAGGAAAAGUCUUCGUGAUCGGCGUCGGCAAGAACGAGAUGAACUACCCCUUCAUGCGCUGCAGCACUCGCGAGGUCGACCUGCAAUUCCAAUACCGAUACUGCAACACCUGGCCACGGGCUAUCCGUCUAGUCGAGAACGGCGUGAUAGACCUCACGAAGCUGGUCACUCAUCGCUUCAAGCUCGAGGACGCGAUCGCGGCCUUCAACACCGCCGCGGAUCCCAAAACGGGCGCCAUCAAGGCCGUCGCCGUCGCCUCUCAUUUUCGGCUGCUAUCGCCGAGGGCCGUCCGGAAUCCCUCUGAUCCCCCUCCGCUGCCGCCCGAAGGCCGAGUCGGCACGAUGUCGUCCGCUCUCUCUCGACCGAUGAUGCUCCGGCAAUCGGGCGCCUGGGGUCGCAUGGCCACCCGAAGGUUCGAGUCCACCACCGCGAAGGCGACCGAUGCGGCCAAGGAAUCUGCCUCGAGGGCUUCCAAGGCCGCGUCCGAAUACUCGGCGAAGGCGGCGCAGGGACUGUCGAGGGUCGCCUCGUCGGCUGGUCCGGCUAUUGCGGGCGCCGCUAAGGGGGUCGCCAACUCGUUGGGCAAGGUCGGCGGCCGUACCGGAAAGCUAGUCAGCUUUGUCGAGAAGCAUAUUCCCACGGCUAUCUUCUACUCCAAGGUCGGCCUGGAGCUCGUCAAGAUCGUGUUCAAAGGCCAGAAGAUGGUGCCACCGCCCCUCACCACCUUCCAGGCCUAUUUCGAGAACGCGUGGAAGUCCAUCCAGAACCCGAGCAUCCGGAACAGCCUAUUCCAAUCAGCAGCCAAGGUCUUCCAGCAACCACCCUCUAAGAUCCUCGAACAAAUUCGGAAUGUCGACCGCGCCCGACUUGCUGCUGGGGGCGUUCUAGCCGCCGAGUGCCUCGGCUUCUUCACAAUCGGCGAGAUUAUCGGUCGCUUCAAGUUGAUCGGGUACCACGGCAGUCCUGCUAGCGCCCACCAUUAG